AUGAAUUGGCGAGAAUAUGUAAGUAAAGGUUGGGGAGCUAUUAGAAGAGGCUUCAGCGAUAUCAAAGCAAGAACAACAGAUCUUACACACCAAAUCAUGAAGAAUUACGGUGAUAAACCAGCAGAAACACUUGGUAAAUUAGCUUCAGUAGGUAAUGUACUUGAUGAAAGAAUUGGUAGGAUUUCAAUGAAUGUUGGUAAUGCAGGUCAAAAGCUUGCAGAGAACUUAUUAGGUAGAGAUAACUUCAUUACAAAGGCAAUGAAGAGUUUUAACAAGGGUCUUACUGGAGCGAUUAUAAAAGAUGAUGAUCCUCAAAGGUAUGUUGACAAUAAUGCAUACAGAGCUUAUACAGGAGGUUCAAAUUGGAGAACAAACAAACCUCUAAUGGGUCGUGUUAGAAUAUUGAGUGAUAUGCCUUGGAUUGACCAUUUGAACCCUAAGGAAGGAAUAAUACGUACAUAA